CACCUACAUCUCCAACAUUGUCAUGAACAAGUAAAACAGCAAUGAAUUGUCUGGAGUAACAAGUCUGGAAAAGUGUACACAGUGUUGUUGCAACAGAUGACUAAUAAUUUAGAAGUGGUGACAGUGACACCAUCAGAAAGACAGGGCAAGCAAGUUUGGUGGCAAUAGGAAUUGAACCACAGAUGCAUGAAUCAUGAUCCUCCCUGAAUCACCAAAGCUGAAUAAGAUUAAUUAAAGAAAAACAACUUGAAUGUGUAUGUAAAAGUUUUGUUCUCCUUGUCUCGAAGACAAGAAAUAUGAAAGCAGUGCACAGUACAGUUGUUCCUUAUAUAAAGAGUGCUCAAGGAAUUCUCUAUCAGACAGGCUUUAGUCAGAGUUUUUCUGGAAGCGAAACUGAUCUGUCAACUUCUAACGAAAAUCUUACAGCAGAAGAGAAGAAUGUUCUUCGCAGUGGUGUUCGACAAGAACCACAAGGCGAAGAGACUUUGACUGAUGACAUGGAUAUUACCUCAUCUAAUACACUCAUUAUAAGAAAUAAUAGCUCUAUUGAUGGUUUUACAUCUCCAUUUUAUGCCAAAACCAGUUGGGGUAAUAGUAGUGAUACUGGUACUGUAAAAAGAAAUCUACAGGUUGAAGGAUCUAGUCAGUUUGUGACUACAACACAAAGUAAAAUCUUAGAAAGGAAUCCACAAUUAAAAAGAAAUACAAACUGUGGAAGCACACCUCCAUUUAUAAAGAACAGUGAAGCCAGUGUUCCACUUUCUCCAAAAAAUUCAUCUUGUCAAAUAUCUUACCCAACUUACCUUCAUAAUAUGCAAGUACCAGGCUCUCCAAAGCAGUAUCACAAUCCAUUUCCUGGCAAUUCUCCAACAUCUUCCAUCACCACAACAAGUAUGUAUACAAAUGUUCAUGCUUCGCCUCAUGGGAGUCAAUCAAUUUAUGAACUUCCUGUUCAGGAGCUGACAGAAAUUCCUAAGCAUUACCUAGAUCAGUCUGAAGUUUUAAAACACUUGGCUAAAGAAGUACAUCAUCAACAGGUACCACUCAAUUUAUGUAACCUUCCACCACCACCACAGUACUCAAAGUGGAAUAUGAGAAACAUGCAAGAGGUAAUUGAUUCAGAAAUAUCUUCCCUGGGCCUUCCUCCCACAAGAGGUGGAACUAUAAGUGAAAAGCCUGGUGACAGGAUAUCAAUAUCCAGAUCUCAUCCAGAUUUAACCCAUAUAGGAGGAUCAAGUAAAAUAGAAAAUCUAGGAGUUAAGAUGGUAUUGACAAAUGAAAGACCUAAGACAAGGGGUCGUGCAACAGUAGAAGUUGAUUCAGAACAUUUUCCUUCUCAGGCAGCACAAUUGAUUGAUUUACUCUCUCAUGAAAAUGAUGCCUUGAAAAGUGAAUUGGGCAUGUAUUAUAAGAAGGUCUCCAAACUGCAAAAGUUUGAAUUGGAGAUUCAGAAAGUCCAUCAAUCUCAUGAAGAACUAGUGCGUUCAUCAGAAAAAAGAGAGAAACUGGAACGGGCAAUUAGAACCCAUCUGGAAAUGGAAAUUCGACGUCAGCAAGAAAAUAAUAGAGAGCUGAAAGGACAGUUAGAAGCUGCCACAUCACAAUUAACAAAGAGAUCACUGACAGACCAUGAUGAUUCAGAACUGCAAAACAAACUUAGUAGGAAAGAUAUGACUAUAACCCAACUUCUCAGUCAGAGUAAGUGCAGUGAUCAAUUUAUUAGGUGA